CAAAGAAGAAUCGAAACCAGGUCGUUAAAGGUUGGCCGCAGUUUGUGAUCAAGUUGUCCUAAUUGGUUCUUAUAUGGGUUGUUGGCAAAGAGCUGGACAACAAAACGAGUUCAGAGUCAUGACCAUUGAAGUCCGCGCGUCUACCGAGCAUAUGUCGGCAGGAGAAAGAGGUAACGAAAACGGCAUGUGUCCUCAUGAUCGUCGGUCUUCUACGGAGAGUCCUACACCGUCGUCGUUUUUUAUUCGGGAUAUUCUGAACGAAACGGCCGAUGUCAAGUGUGGGUUGGUCCGCAAAGAUGCAAAGAACGGCACUUCGUCAAUUUCAAGUGAGUUUGGUGAGUGUAAGUCUAACCUGACACAAGCAUCGGAGACAGACAGCUGUGUUAAGCCUAGUUCUUCGCCAAGUCGCCACGGAGAAGACGUAAAUGAAGAGAACCCACUUAGUGAUGAAGAGGACGUAGUGACAGAAUCAGGCGGGGAAGGCCAGAACAACAGCAGGAACUCAGAUUCACCUUGUGCCUUUAAGACUAAAAAGCAGAGAAAGGCCAGAACUGCUUUCACUGAUCAUCAGUUGCAAACUUUAGAAAAAAGCUUCGAACGACAGAAGUACCUAAGUGUUCAGGACCGCAUGGAGCUAGCCUCAAAAUUAAACCUAACUGAUACACAAGUCAAGACUUGGUACCAAAACAGACGAACCAAAUGGAAGAGACAAACGGCUGUAGGGUUGGAGUUACUUGCUGAAGCUGGAAAUUAUGCAGCUGUCCAAAGAAUGGUACAGACAACGCCAUAUUGGUUCUCUCAUCUCACACCUUCCUCAUCUCAUCCGCCUUUAGACAGUCUCUCAAAUCUAGAUUUCUACUACAAGCACUCUGCUGCUGGGCUACUCAAACCUUUCCCCUUCAGGCUGUAUCCCUCUUCAAUGAGCUGGUUACCAUUUCCUCCCGGUGGCGUUAAUUCUCUAUCUGCAACGUCCCGGAAUACUUCCGAGGCAGCACGUGGCUCAAUAGCGACGUCAAGCUCCUACACGUAUUCUAAAGAACAGUCUUGGCCAUCAAUGUAGGUAUAAUUGGUGGACAAAAUAACCGAGAUAGGUGUGGGUUUGCUAUAGUUGUCUACUAAUGUGUUUGAAUAUCAGCAAAGAAAUCCCAUUCUAUGAGUAUUAAUAAGUUAUCAUAAAUUUGUUAAUGUUAAUUGAAUCUUAAAAAAAAACGAACCUUUACCAGUUCUCUUGAUUAGAGUUCUUUGGUUACUAGUGAAGGACAAUCUAGAUGGAUAACAUUAUGACCAUCAGAACAUGAACUGUAUGGGAUCUUACAAGGUUUAUGCUUUACUUUUUUUUAAGGCUAAAAAAAUAAAAAUGGCCUUCAAAGGUCUAACAACUGUGAUAUAGAAUAUACAGUAUUAAAUCCAAGAAUUGGGUACACUUUCUAAAGGUUCCUGUUUUUGUGUUGUCUAACUAUACUGCAUUUGAAAAGAAGUAAAUCUUGGUCUAUGAAAAAAGUUAACAAAAGAUCUGAAAGAUGUAAAAUCUGAGAAAUGUAUAAGAGCUCGAGGUGAAGUCUUUGGAUAAUCUAUCGUUUAAUAUUUAAUAGCUAAGGGUAUAAGAAAACGUGCAAAAUGUAAUGCAUUGAGAAUUGUUUAAAGACUUUGUUUCUCAAUGAAAACGCAUAUGAUAAUGAUUUAGAUGGUGAUUUGCUCUAAACUGAAGAGUUCUAACAUAACAGUGGCUUAAAACUUCAGUCAUAAUCUAAGGAUUGAAAAAAGAGGAUUCAGCCAUAUAGUUCAAGGACUGAAACCGGUUUAAAGAUUCAUAGAAAAGUGUUUAACAAUUUUAAUAUAGAUAAAAGAAAUAAGGUGUUCAAAUAUUCAUAGGUGGCUUGAAAGUUAAAGUUGACCAUAGGUUCAUAUAUAGCCCAAGAUUUAAAAUGUGGUCAAAGAUUUAACUUUAGCAUAAGGAGUAAAAUAUGGUGAAAGAGUCAGGUAUAGCGUAAGAUUUAAAAGAGGUCUAAACUUGAGCUUAAGUAAAUAAAGGUGAAAGAUUCGGAAAUAACCACAAAGCUGUGGAAAAUAAUACAUGUAUAAGUGAAACUAUUAAAAUAAAUGCAGUUCAUGUUGAUCGAAUAUACACUAGGAUGUGUCACUUUAAUUAUGCCGUCCGUUUGCUGUUGUUGAAUACAUUCUUUAUAUAUAGUAAGCCAUGUAUGCCGUUCCUUGGUCGACACAUCACAAACCAACCAAAGUCGUCAAAUUGAGUUUUGUCCAAUUGUAUUUUCUUUACGGUUUUGUAUAUAUAUAACAGGUGACGUGUUUCUUGUUGGUUCUUCAAUUUAGGAUGAAGAGCUUAUAUAU